CCAUGCGGGGCCGGUGGCGGGGGGCGGCGGCGGCGCUGGCGCUGCUGCUGCUGGCGGCGGGCGGGGGGGCGGCGGCGGCGAGGGGCUGCCCGGUGCAGAGCCUGGGCUGCAAGUGCGCGGCGGAGCGGCACAAGGCGAGCGGCCCCCCCGCGCCCCGCCGCCGGGUGCUGUGCAGCGGAGGGGGGCUCCCGGCGCCGCCCGAGCCCCGGCUGCUGCCCGACGGCACCGCCACGCUGCUCUUGAGCAACAACAAGAUCACGGUGCUGGAGAACGGCUCCUUCUUUGGGCUGCGGGCUCUGGAGAAGCUGGACCUGAAGAACAACCUGAUCAGCACGGUGCAGCCCGGCGCCUUCCUCGGCCUCCCUGAGCUGAAGCGCCUGGACCUCUCCAACAACCGCAUCGGCUGCCUGAGUGCCAGCGUCUUCCAGGGGCUCUCCAGCCUCCUCCGGCUCAACAUGUCAGGGAACAUUUUCUCCAGCCUCCCGCCCGGUGUCUUCGACGAGCUUCCCUCGCUGAAAGUCGUGGACUUCGCCACCGAGUACCUGACGUGCGACUGCAACCUGCGCUGGGUGCUGCCCUGGGCCCGCAACCGCUCGGCGCAGAUCUCGGACCGGACGCUGUGCGUCUACCCCCGGCACGUGCACGCGGUCCCGCUGCGCGGCGCGCGCGACAGCCAGCUGCGCUGCGUGGGCGCCCCGGAGCUGCACACCCACCACCUCAUCCCGUCACUGCGCCAGGUGGUUUUCCAGGGCGACCGGCUGCCCUUCCAGUGCACCGCCACCUACCUGGACAACAGCACCCAGAUCCGCUGGUACCACAACCGCGAGCCGGUGGAGGAGGACGAGCGCACGGGCGUCAUCGUGGAGGAGAGCCUCAUCCACGACUGCACCUUCAUCACCAGCGAGCUCAUCCUCUCCAACAUCCACGUCUCCGCCAACGGCGAGUGGGAGUGCGCCGUCUCCACCUCCCAGGGCAACGUCAGCAAGAAGGUGGAGAUCGUGGUGCUGGAGACCUCCGCGUCCUACUGCCCCGCCGAGCGGGUCACCAACAACCGCGGGGACUUCAGGUGGCCCCGCACCUUGGCGGGCAUCACCGCCUACCAGUCGUGCCUGCAGUACCCCUUCGCCUCGGGGCCAGCGAGCGGGGGCCCGGCGGCGGAGAAGCAGGCGUCCCGGCGCUGCGACCGCGCAGGGCGCUGGGAGGAGGGCGACUACUCCCACUGCCUCUACACCAACGACAUCACCCGUGUGCUCUACACCUUCGUGCUGAUGCCCAUCAACGCCUCCAACGCCCUGACCCUGGCCCACCAGCUGCGCGUCUACACGGCCGAGGCUGCCAACUUCUCGGACAUGGUUGAUGUCCUCUACGUGGCCCAGAUGAUAGAGAAGUUUAUUGGCUACGUGGACCAGAUCAAACAGCUCACGGAUGUGAUCGUGGAGAUGGCCAGCAACAUCAUGCUGGUGGACGACCACAUCCUGUGGAUGUCGCAGAAGGAGGAGAAGGCCUGCACCAGCAUCGUGCGCUCCCUGGAGAAGAUCGCCGCACACACGCUCAGCAGCAACUCCCAGCACAUGGCAGUGAACUCACGCAACAUCGCCUUUGAGGCGUAUGUGGUGAAGCCCGAGAGCUACGUGGGGCUGAGCUGCGUGGCUUUCCAGCGGCAGGACGGGGGUCCCGCCGGGCGCAGCCCCCCGGCCGAGCGGGCGGCCGAGCCGCAGCCCGACCAGCAGCUGCGGCUGCGCUGCACCACGGGGCGCCCCAACGUCUCCCUGACCAGCUUCCACAUCAAGAACAGCAUCGCCCUGGCCUCCAUCCAGCUGCCGCCCAGCCUCUUCGCCAGCCCCGUCCCGCCGGCCCCGCUGGCCGACUGCAAGCUGCAGCUGCUGGUCUUCCGCAACGGAAAGCUCUUCUGCAGCACCGGCAACUCCUCGCGCCUGGCGGACGACGGCAAGCGCCGCAGCGUGGCCACGCCGGUCAUCUACGCGGGGACGUACGGCUGCGGCGUCGGAAACCUGACGGAGCCGGUGGCCGUGUCGCUGCGGCACCCCGGGGAGGGCGCAGACCCCGUGGCCGCCUACUGGAACUUCGAGGUGCUGGGGGGCAUGGGGGGCUGGAGCGCCGAGGGCUGCCAGCUGGCCGCCCGGGAGCCCAACGUCACCUCCCUGCACUGCCGGCACCUCAGCAACGUGGCCGUGCUCAUGGAGCUGAGCGGUUUCCCCAGCGAGGCGCGAGGCCCCGUGGAGGUGCUGCACCCGGCCAUGUACACCUGCACGGCCGUGCUGCUGCUCUGCCUCUUCACCACCAUCAUCACCUACAUCGUCAACCACGGCACCAUCCACAUCACGCGCAAGUGCUGGCACAUGCUGCUUAACCUCUGCUUCCACAUCGCCAUGACGUCCGCCGUGUUCGCGGGGGGCAUCACCCUCACUGGCUACCUGAUCGUCUGCCAGGCGGUCGGCAUCAUUUUGCACUACUCCUCCCUGUCCACGCUGCUGUGGAUGGCGGUGAAGGCCCGGGUUCUGUACAAGGAGGUGACCUGGAGGGCGCCCCGGCAGCCGGACGGGGACGCGGCGCAGCCGGCCCCUCGGCCCAUGCUACGGUUCUACCUGAUCGCCGGCGGCAUCCCGCUCAUCAUCUGCGGCAUCACGGCAGCCGUCAACAUCCACAACUACCACGACAACAACCCCUACUGCUGGCUGGUGUGGCGGCCCAGCCUGGGCGCUUUCUACGUCCCCGUGGCCUUCAUUCUGCUCGUCACCUGGAUGUAUUUCCUCUGCGCCGGGCUCAACCUCCAGUGCCGGCCUUCCCCCCAGAAAGAAGUCCCCGAGCCGCUGGAGACGCCGCCAAGGCUGGGGGGCGGUGGUGGCGACCUGCUGACGGACUCGGGCUCCAUCUCGGUCACGCUGAACUCGGGGCCCUCGUGCCCCGAGGCGGACGGCGUCUACUCCCUGAAGGUGCAGCUCUGGGCGCUGGUCACCACGCACGCCUUGUACGUCGCCCUCUGGACGUUCGGGGCCGUGGCCGUGUCCCAGCGCUGGUACCUGAACAUCAUCUUCAGCUGCCUCUACGGGGUCACGGCCGUGGCGCUGGGGCUCUUCAUCUUCAUCCACCACUGCGUGCGGCGCCGGGACGUGCUCAGCUCCUGGUUCUCCUGCUGCCCCUCCUACAGGGACGCGCUGCCCAUGCAGGCCUACGUCCACCCCGGCGCGGCAGCCUUGGGCGGCUCGCAGGUCUUCAUCGGGUGCGACCCGGAGGCGGCCCGCUCCGCCGAGUCGUCCUCCUCGCCCAGCAGCGCCGGCUCGGCCGCGGGCCGCUGCAAGCUCACCAACCUGCACGUGGCCCAGAGCCAGGCCGAGGCCCGGCCGGCCUCCUGCGAGGAGCCGGAGCCCGACGGCAAGAGCUCCGGGGCGGGCCGGCACGCCAGCAACCUCCACGGGCGCAGGACCCACAAGGGCAGAACUAAGCAGUACCGGGAAGGGAAGCACCACCGCUUGAAAAUGCUGCGGGGCCCUUCCUCGGAGCAGCCCUCCAGCGAGAGCGGGAGCGUCCACAACAGCCACUCGGAGAGCUACCACAGCAGCAGGAACAGCCCCCUGAACGGCAGCCGCGCGGGGCUGCGGCCCCCGGCCCCCCAGGAAGGGGAGACGGCGCCGAGCCAGUCGGAAGGCAGCGACGGCGGGCGGCGGGCGCCCGACUUCACCGAGGCGCGGCGGAGGAGCGCCAGCAGGGACAACCUGCGGCAGGCCGGCGCCGUGGAGAAGGAGACGAAGCGCCGGUCCUACCCGCUCAACGUGGCCAGCCACAACGGCGGCCUCAAGGGCAGCAAGUACGACGUUAACCUCGCCAGCGCCGACAGCGUGGCCGGGAUGAGGACCGGCCUUUGGAAGAGCGAAACCACCGUGUAAGGGAGGGGAAGGACCCGACGGCCGCGGCGCUGGAGCGCGUCCCUCCCCGGGCGGCUCCGGGAACCGCGGCCGGAGCUGCCGGGGGCGUCCUCGCGGGGCUGCGAGCGUCGCUCCGUGCACUACGC